UCACUCACUCACUCACUCACUCACACACACACACACACACACGGAGCCCUUGAAAACUUUCCUUUCCAGCUUUCAAGACUUUAGAUUGUGACAAUGGAAGCAGAACCAUUAUGGCCUGAACUACUAGGAAGCAACGACUGGGAAGGCCUUCUUCAACCAUUAGACCUCAGCCUCCGGCGGCUCAUCCUCCGGUGCGGCGACUUCUGUCAAGCCACCUACGACGCCUUCAACAACGACCAAAACUCAAAGUACGCCGGCAGCAGCCGCUACGGCAAGACCGCCUUCUUCUAUAAAGUCAUGCUCGACUCACCGGACGAUUACCAAGUCGCCGGUUUCCUCUACGCCACUGCUCGCAUCGGCGUCCACGAAGCCUUCCUCCUCCACUCACUCUCACGCGAGGCAUGGGACCGUGAGUCCAACUGGAUCGGAUACAUCGCCGUCACCACGGACGAAGUCAGCGCCGCCUUGGGCCGCCGUGAAAUCUUCAUCGCAUGGCGAGGAACGACCCGAAACUAUGAGUGGAUGAAUGUGUUAGGAGCUAAGCUUCAGUCAGCUGAGCCAUUGUUACGUCCGAAGUCUCUGAAAAAGCUAAGACCCGAGGAAGGAAGUAGUAGUAGCAGUGACAGCGAUGAAGAUGAUAAUCUACCCAAAGUCAUGAAGGGUUGGCUUACAAUUUACACAUCUGAAGACCCAAAUUCAUCUUUCACAAAACUAAGUGCAAGAACACAGCUUUUAACGAAGAUUGAAGAGCUGAGGAAUCAGUAUAAAGAUGUGGAUCUGAGCAUAACGUUCACGGGACACAGUCUAGGUGCGAGUCUCUCAAUUUUAGCAGCUUUUGAUCUCUGUGAAAACGGAGUCACAGACAUUCCAAUCUCUGCUUUUGUGUUUGGUUGUCCACAAGUGGGCAACAAAGCUUUCACCGAAAAACUCGAGCAAUUUAAAAAUCUGAAAGUGCUUCACAUUAGAAACAAGAUCGAUCUGAUACCGCUAUAUCCGAGUCCUUUGUUGGGUUAUGUCAAUUCUGGAGUGGAGCUAUUGAUCGAUACUCGAAAAUCGCCAUACUUGAAGAACUCGAAGAACCCAAGUGACUGGCAUAACUUGCAGGCCAUGUUGCAUAUUGUGGCUGGUUGGGAUGGAGAAGAUGGAGAGUUUGAGUUGAAGGUGGAGAGGAGUUUGGCUUUGGUGAAUAAGUCUAGUGAGUUCUUGACUGAUGAGUGCUUGAUUCCUGGGUCUUGGUGGGUUGAAAAAAAUAAAGGGAUGGAGAAGGAUAAGAAUGGCAUGUGGGUUUUGGCACCACCGGCCGAUGAGGACCUACCGAUCCCUGAGUAUUGAUUGUGCAGUUUGAACUUUGAAAUUGAAAGCUUUGAUCGGUUGGUGAUGAGCCUUGUCAUUUGGUUUUUGCUUGAUCCCUUUUCAAUGCUUUAUUUAUCAUUUUCGUUUACCAGGGGUAGAAAUGGCCUUCUGGCUUUACUGUUGGCAAUGAAGUAUGGUCUGAUGCGAAAACGAUUCGCCUUGAGCUUGCAGUAGUCAAUUAAUUCUCAUUUUUUAGGUUCAUCAUGUAAAAGUGUUUGAUAUGCGUUCAAGUAUACAAUAUAG